AUGUCCUCCACCGCCACUGAGGGCCAUGUCCGAACCGCUCUCUCGUCCCCGGCCUCUGUACCAAUCCUGUCGGACAGUAAGACACCCAAGUCUUCCGGUCAGCCAGGCUGCAAUAAAGAAGAACUCUCAGACAGGCUGAUCCACAGGGCAGAAACGCAAGGUUCAAGUCAACCAGAACCAACUAAACAAACAAGGCAGGAGAAUAUGUGCUUUCCAAAGCACACAACGGAGGCUAUAACUUCAGACAAAUGGCUCUUCUCCGACCAAUCGGAGGAAGGUUUCCAGUCCCGUUCCUCUCAUCACUCCACACCCAAACAACGGCACGCCAGAAACAAUGCGCGUUCAGACGUAAGAGGCCGCAGCGCGGAGAACGGACGCGUCUCAACAUGUUUCAGUGACGAUGAUGAAAGGGAGGAUGAAUUAAAACUGAAGGACGUGUACACAUAUUCAUCUCAGCCAAGGUCAGCUCCCCGCGGCAGGUUGCACAAUGCUUCAUCGCAGGGCAUCAUGUGGACUGUGGAAAUGAAGGGUGAUGAAGAGCAGGACAUCGCAGAUGAGAGAGAAGCUCCAAUGGAGGAAGAUUUCCAUGGAACUUACAGCAGUGAGGAGGAGGAUUCACUGAAUGGAAUGACCAAACUACCUUUGGAAACUCUGACGAGUACAGAAGUCUCGGCGGUCGAACACACGUUGGGACCUUUGGAAGCAAGGUCUGCUUCAGUGGAGCGACCCUCGUGGGCAACUCCUGCUCUUCCCAAAAUGGACUCGCAACAGUUUCCGAGCAGUUUCACUCCAGUCCAGAGCAGGUCUCCCACCAUGCUGGAUGUUCCAGACGCUGAAAUCAACUUGACAAAGGGGAAAGAUGCCCAACCCAGGACUAUGGUCAAAACAUCUCUGAAAGAAAUUCCCAAGGAAGACCCAAGACUAACUACAGAGACAUGUGAAUAUGACUGGCUGAAAUACCAGCCCAAGGAUAUGAGUGAAUCUGACGAAGCGAGGAUGCUGGCCAGCUUACGGAGGCAGCAGCUGGAGGAGAUGGAGGACGACGGGAAGACGAACCACCUGAACGCGGUUCAGCUGGGAGACUGCGCCUAUGGUGACGACAGCAUCAGCACGAGCAGUGAUGACACCAGUAUCUGGAUCGCCCAACACACUGGGCUGCCCGCCAACCAAGGCCAUCACUACCAGGAUGAGAUGCUUUUGACCCUGUCUCAGAAAAAAAUGAACCCGCUCUUUCUUUCCAACCCACGUGACUGGGGCGAUAUUUUCAGUCCACCCAUCAUUCUGCCCAGUGAACAGAUGAAAGAUCAAAGAAAUAUAAUUUCACCAAGACAACCAUCUGCUCUUCAGGAUUUAACAAAUGACACAGGGAAUGUGAUGGAAGACCAGGAUGAAGUGUUGGAUUUGUUAUACGAUCCUUGUUUGAAUUGUUACUUUGAUCCGAAAACUGGGAAAUACUACGAGCUGGCGUGAUUCGACAAUGAAGGCCUUUGAAGAUUCACCGUCGCCCGGCAACCGCUUGGAUGUUACUUGGAUUCCGGGAGCAUUUUUUGUUUCAAAGUAAGUCCUGGCAGUGAUCACAGCACAGGAACACAACAGGCAGAAGGCGGCUGGCUGCAAGAUAUAUACGAGUUGAGAGACCCUACAUCGGAGAACAGCAGCGAUACUCCAGCAUCAAAAGAAAGCACUUUGUCCUUCUUCAGUCACCAAACCUUGCGGCGGGACAGAUUCCGCGGUUAUAUAUUUUCAUUGUUCGUGUUAUUCCUCACGCUUCGCUGCUCGGUUCCAGCCAUGCCUUAUUUGGAAUUCUCAUUGAAAAAAUAAUUUGCGGGUACAAGAUUAUGCUUUGCAACCAUUGUUCAAAUUGUCACGUUGAAGACGGACAUUGUCGGCAGGAACAAAUAUGACCGUUUGCUUUUGCUUCCAACUCUGGCAUCAGCUGUUAAAAGACACGGGGCCAAGUCAGCGUGUUGUACUUCUCCCUCUCGGUCACUCCAUGGACUGGUCACUCCCAGAGGCAGAGCUGAGCGCACAAUGUGUUGACCUGUCCACCGUGUGGUUGGCGGUGCCGACCAGAGUGAAAAGUCUGGGCAAAUGUACAAGCCCACAUUUCACACCCCUCCUGCCACAACGAGACGUUCUGCUUCCAUUGAAGCCGUCAACCUGAUUGUUGCAAGAUAGAGUUGAGGGAGGGUGCCUUAAACAUUUGAGGUCUGAGCAUCAAUAUUUCAACACAACCCACUUUUUGUUGACUGCGGUAUCUAUUCGACAGCUCUUUAUAAAGGGGGAUCUUUCAGGCAGCAAAACUCCAACUGAACAAAAGGCAUCGUCUUCCAGAUAAUCACAUGUAAAGUAAAAUGUUUUUCGUAACUCCUCAUUAUUAGAAGUGGUGUUUUAAAAAGCGACGUCGUGCUAAUUCCCCUCCAUGAUGAACGAGUGUAGAAUAACGUGCUGAUGUUCCACCCCUGAUUCAGGCAGCCACAGCGAGUCAGUGGAGACACAGCGAUGUUGGGAAGGUCCGUUGCCAGUUUCAUCGGCGCGGCUUCCCCCGCAUCGCCCCAGCGAGCGAGCGGCAGAAACACGUGAAUUGCCCAGAACCGGUCGCCAGCGCAGGCGGGGAGAAGCUAGGCCGGCGGUAUAGCCGAGCCGAGCCAAGCGUUCAAACACAUCACGGAGAAGAGGUGUCAACUCCAUCCGACUUCUCCGGGAAAGUCAAGAAUGGAACUGCGGGAAAGUUGACUUCCCGAUUUGGGAAUUGGUCUCCAGAGAUACUUUUAAGGAUUUCCGACCAGGCUGCUGAAGACCAAAGGGGAGGCGUAGAGAAGGACCCACAGUGGACUCUAAGAUUCUCAGCGGACACCCAGAACUUGUGCUGGUCACCAAGGUCAAGUCUGUGGGGUAGCAAUGCUUCUGUUUCUCUGCCCAGCGUUACGGCAAAAACAACGUGUGAAGCGAGCAAACGUCACCCAUCCACGCUACACACACACGUUACUUGGCCCGCUGAGUUACUCCAGCACUUUGUGUCCUAGAUCAGUUAUUGUAUUUUAAAUAAGAUUUCAAAUGCAAUUAAAUGCACAAUUUUAAACAUUUUUUGACUCCUGCUUAAUAUCAACAGACGCGUGAAUUCAUUCCACUCGGGUGCCUUGACGUCUUUAUAGACCAGACAGCAGAUAAUUUACUCAUUAAUCCAGGUUUACAUCAGUUUAGUGUUACAUAUUUAAGUAUCCCGUUUGUCAGCCAGAGGCCUGGCAGUAAAUUGUUUCCCAGUGGUUUAGAGAAACAAAAUAAUAAGAGCAAGUACAGAAAGCGCAAAGUGCUGGAGGAAUUUGGUGGGUCAAGCUAGAGACCUGGGUUCGAUCCUGACUACGGGUGCUGUCUGUACAGAGUUUGUACCUUCUCC